CAAUUCCUACUGGAGCAGAAUUGAGAGAGCGGAAGUGACCCGCCUCAUGAUCACGUGCCGUAGAGCAGAACAGAAGCCUCCAAUCAGCGUGCAGUCGUAUCGCUGCGGCUAACAUCGACCCCGGGAGAUCCUUGAGUUUCCCAACAUGAGUAGCUCAGAGGAAGUGUCGUGGAUUUCUUGGUUUUGUGGUCUACGGGGAAACGAGUUCUUCUGUGAGGUAGAUGAGGACUACAUUCAGGACAAGUUUAAUCUUACGGGACUCAAUGAGCAAGUCCCCCAUUACAGACAAGCCCUUGACAUGAUCCUGGAUCUGGAACCUGAUGAGGAGCUGGAGGAUAACCCCAACCAGAGUGACCUGAUUGAGCAGGCUGCUGAGAUGCUCUAUGGACUGAUCCAUGCGCGCUAUAUCCUCACUAACCGCGGCAUUGCCCAGAUGCUGGAGAAGUAUCAGCAGGGAGAUUUUGGCUAUUGUCCUCGCGUUUACUGUGAGAAUCAGCCGAUGCUGCCUAUUGGGCUCUCUGACAUACCUGGUGAGGCCAUGGUAAAGCUCUACUGCCCUAAGUGUAUGGAUGUGUAUACGCCAAAGUCGUCCAGGCACCAUCACACCGACGGAGCCUAUUUUGGCACUGGCUUCCCCCACAUGCUGUUUAUGGUGCAUCCCGAGUACCGGCCAAAGAGGCCUGCCAACCAGUUUGUGCCCAGGCUCUAUGGUUUCAAGAUUCACCCAAUGGCUUACCAGCUACAGCUGCAGGCAGCCUCCAGCUUCAAGAGUCCCGUCAAAGCGAUCCGCUAAGAACCUGAGCAGGGCGGGAUGGGGUGGGAUGGGGGUGUGUUGUGUGUCCGUCAACAUGGCUUCACUCUUCUCCUACAAUUUUAGAUUCGACUAAGACUAACAUUCAAAUAUGGAGAGAGUGAGACUAUGAAACACUCUGGGGAGAAAUGAAAACCUUGCCUCUGAAAUACUGUACAGAAAAUGGGGGUUUCCUUGUAAAACAAUUUCAGUUCUUAACUUCCACAUAGAAAAUAAAGUUAUAAUUAAAGAUAGAUUCCUGUA